AGUUUCAAAAAGGCAAGGGGGAGGGGGGUUUUGUAGGAAAGCUUUCCCCUUCUUAACCAACAAAACCGCGUAAACAACAGCCGCCUCCUCUUCUAUUAACCCUUGCUUAUGAUGGAAAGAAAGAAAAAGCAACCCCCUUUUAUUUCUCAUGCAAUAAGGGAAAAUUGAGAAAAUCCAGACGCGUAGAUUUAGCCAUGAGAGAGAUCCCCGGGGAGGGUGGUUUCCAGUUUCCAAAUGUAUUUCUUUUUUUCUUUUCGUAAUUGGAAGGUUUUUGCGGAUUCCUUAUUAAACUUUUUUUCUUCGACGUGGAUUGGGAAUUCUGGAAGUUUGUGAGAAAGCCCUCUCCCUCUCUCCCUCUCUCUCUCUCACACACACACACACUCUCUGUUCUUCCUUUAUCUAUUCCUUCGUUCUUCUAUAAAUGAAUCAAAACCCAACUCCUUCCAAACUCCCUCCCAAAUCCUCUGCCUCCUUUUUUCUUUCAAAACACAAGUGACUGGGAGAGAGAGAUAUGGAGGUUAUGGCUUCCUUGUGGGGUUUUCAAGAGGUGGGUCACUCUUCACUUCUUCAUUUGUCACUCCUCACUUCUUUCUUUUCUGGGGUGUUGAUGAGUUGAAGCAGAAGCUUCUGUGCACCACUCUGGAACUCGAAUCGGUGAGAAUGGAAGCGAAUGAGGAGAUCAGAAAGAACAAGGAGCAAUUGAAGCAGUUGCAGCAGCUUCUGAAGCUCGCUUGUCAAGAAAGAGAUGAAGCAAGAGAUCAGCUUCAGAAGCUGCUGAACAAAGUCAUGCCUUCCAACACAGCGCCUGAAUUGUAUGCUGCUCUGCCUCAACUCCAACCCGAUAGCCCUCCAUUUAAGCCCACCAAAGCUAACUCAAGCAUUACCGAAUCAAACAGCCCCUCCCAUGCAAAUAAUUACCGCUCGCAUGACUCUUCCCCGGUUGAUUCUUUCUUCGACACUGUCUCAUCCCCAGAGCUUUCUAACUUUAAGGCUGAUUCAAACCCAGCAUAUGGAAACCAGCCCUUUGUUCAAGGCUAUAAUGCCACUGCCUCGACUAGUCUAGUCUCUUCAACAACACCUAAGGUUCAUCAAGCUUCUAUGGUUAUCGACAACAUUGUCAAGGGAAAAUGUCUGCCUCAAAAGGGAAAACUAUUACAGGCUGUGCUGGAGGCAGGGCCUCUUCUUCAAACACUUCUUGUUGCAGGGCCACUUCCUAGGUGGCGCAACCCGCCCCCUCUCCAGACCUUCCAAAUUCCACCCGUUUCCAUUGAGGGGUGUGAAGCUGAAAGAAUUGCCCAGAAACCAGCUGCAAAUCCAAGCUUUCUGCCCAAAUCACUGAAUUCAUCGUCCUUUGUUGAUAUGUCUUGUGGCUCUUCUCAGAUGUUGUCGACAUCAUCUUUGUUGAAUUUUGGCAGUGGACCUUCUGGAUCUUGUUCGGGUGGAGGGCAAGUGACUCUUGGAGGUGCUAAUGCUAACAACUAUGUUCCAGCAGGCAAGCGGCAAAGAUUCCAAUGAAACCAUGAGUGAUACCCUGCUUCUUCAUUUUGUUUUUUAACUCCUGUAAAUUGUUGGUUGGUGGUGUAAAUGGAUACCCUAUUCUGGAUUUGAAUGAUAUAGCUAUCUUACUUUCUUAUCAUAGAUGAAGUAGCAAAGAAAAUCUUUCAGUGUCUUAUGCAUCCUAAGUUUCCAGCAAAAAUGUUGAGAGGAACAAGUAUCUGUACAAGGAAGAUGCUACAAAUGGGCUGUAGAAGUGACUAGAGACAAGUUCUCCCUUUUCUAAAGGGGAGAACGGAAAGAAGACCUAAACUGUUUGUUACCCAUGUGAGGUGCUAAGAAGAUGCAUCAAAAGAGGACAAAAAGGAGAUUGAAGUGUUCUUAUUAUGAAACUUCCAUCUUGCCGAAAAUGAUAUGUCAUUGCCUAAGUUUAGGACUAAUGCAGAUGCUCGUUUUGAGCAAUGGUCCCUACACGGCAUCGCGAACGACUGGCCCUUAGGUGUUCGGUGGUUUAAUCCCAAUUGCUUCCUUUAUUUUCUGGAAAUUCUACACAUAAGAGUUGAGACUUGUGUCCAGAGAUAUUUUCAAUUUUCUUCCAGGAUGAUAAAAGCAGGCAAGUUUAAUCAACUGCAUUCUUCAUAUCCAUGCCCUCAUGGUGAAUGAUGCAAUUUGAGAAGCUCCGAAGGAAAUUUAAGGAGACAAAUAGAACUGGGCAUGGACAGAUUACCAAUGAGUUAACUCUAUAUGAACACAUAAUCUCCCUCAUGGAAUUCAAGGAGUGUUUUAUUUGAUAUUAACUCUUUUGAGGUCCCCCUGGCGAGUCUGCACUAUUUACAUUUGGAUUCAUGAAUCCAGCCAAUGGUUCUUGUAUGUCAGAGCCAUAUACAUGACCCAUCUUGGUACGUUUUGUUUCCAAAUACUUCCGGUUUUCUUCA